UUACUGUGAAGGUUUCUUCGCUUCGAGCGCUUCUUCGGCCAAACCCCGUAAAUCCGCCAAACUACAGAUUUAGUAAAUCCGGGAUUUUCAGCAAAUAGAGGAAAAAGGAGGAUUUAUUCCGCCGUGAUAUUUACGGGGCUCGCAAAUCCCGUUUGCUCGAAUCCUGCGUAAAUAGUCGCUAAAUAAGCUACUUCGCCUUACGACGUCGGAUCGGUUUCGCGUACUUCGCCUGAAGAAGUAUUUUGAAUGAAUCGCUUAAGAAGCCACUUUGCUUUCUUCUACGACGUUGUUCCGGUCGGAUUGGAAGUCGCGACGAGAGCUCGAAGCUAAGGUAGCGAUAUUUUUUCCCUUCCGCACUGAAUCACGUAAAACCGUGGAACUACCGGAUUUACAAAAUCCAGAUUUGUGGAAAAACGUUGGAGCGGGCAAUGUUACAUAAGGGGACUCCUCUCCCCUCAUCCAGACUGACAGAUUCCAGUAUUGCAAGCCCUAACUGCAUCUCUCCACCUUUGUCUUCAUGUUCAUCGAGGUUGUGGAGACCAGCUGCACAAAGAAACAUCAAGAAUCAAUGGUCUAAGCUUCUCAUGAGCAAGGACCGUUGGGUCUCAGCCACAUUAGAGGGGAGAUUACAUACCACUGAACUUGUUAAUACCUACCUUAAACGAAGGUACUUGCCAGAGAUGAAUCUGGGUGUUCUUACUGAAAUCCCAGGAAUAAGGGAGAAAGCUUAUGAUAAAUUGGUUCAUAAACAGGAUUUGUGUCGGCACAAGCUUAUAUCUUCUUACAAGAAUAUGGUGGCUGCUGUUAAUGACUUGGGUAAAGCAUCGUGCUCAAUGAGAUGUUAUUUGAAAGGGUCAAGUUCCGACCCAAUUAUACAAUAUUGUGAUCACCAAGAGGAUCCCAGUGACUCUGGCGAUGGUGGUGGAAUUCCUGUGUUUUGUUGCCUUUCAAUCUCGAUCAUGGAGGAUCUGGCCCGUGAACUUGUCAAUAUGUUUGAAAGGGAACUUAGCUUGAAGCGUUUUCUUGUAAUUGGUCUGCUAUCCAUCAAUGGCGUGGAAGAUGGGAGAAAAGAUGUAUUAGAUUGGUCAAAUGAGCUUUAUCUCGGAGAAUUUGAUGACCUGAGAUGCAUUGGAAUGCUUAAGCAAGAUAGUUUUUAUACAGUUUUCCCUCAAAUCAAGGAUUAUGAAUCAAGUAAUCCUGUAAACAGGACAACUAUCAAGUCUCCAAACCAUAAUACUUUAGAGGUGUAUUUAGCCACAUGGAUUUCUGAUUUGAAUAUAAAUAUGCAUAGGGUCAAGGAAAUAUUCUCAGUUGUUGAAGAAGAAAUGCAAGCCAAGCUUUCGAAAGUAUUAUGCAUCUGAGAGAAAAAAAUUUAAGGUGCAUUCACUAGAUCAUUUUAUCACAAUAUUUUAAAAAUAGCUAAAAGCGUAAUUAAAUAUAAUUAUGGUAAUUAUUUCUAA